CAACUGGACAAAGGCCUUUUGAUGGUAGUCAAUUUGAUAUUGGGCUUGCAGUGAAAAUUUGCCAGGGAGAACGCCCAAAAUUCAAUUCAAAAACUCCUAAUCUUUACGCUUAUUUAGCCAAUCGUUGUUUGCAUUCGGUUCCAAGCAGACGGAUUAGUAUUUUACAAGUUACUCAAACAAUCAAUGAUUGGGUUACAAAGUUAAAUACUAUUCCUCCGCAAGAUCCUGAAGAAAUUGAUGAUUCUACUGAGCUAAUUAAG